UGCGUGUGUGGAGCGCUGUUUAUGCUGGAGUGUGUGUGUUUGGGUGUACUGCAGCGCCUCAAUCUACUGCGCACUUCACGAACCGACACCGCGGACGCCGACAUGGCCGCAGCCGCCCCGAACCCAGAAGAUGCCAGCCGAAGCAGCGGGGGCACGAGUGCGGCGAGCGCUCUUGCGGGGGACGGAGAUUCCGAGGAAGCCGAGGAGUUCGCCUCUGCGACACACUGCACGGAGCUCUCCCGGCGACAGAACGAGCAGCGAAAGCUCGGGCUCUUCUGCGACGUGACACUCGCGUUCAGCAGCGCUACCAACAGUUUCGAGUUCACCGCGCACCGCUCCGUCUUGGCCGCGGCCACCGAUUACUUCACGCCGCUGCUCGGGGGUCAGUUCUCUGAGUCUGUGUCAAGGCGGGUGGAGAUGAAGGAGUGGAGCAGCGAGGCAGGCCUCGAUCAGGAGACGGUGGAGAGCGUCAUCCAGUUUAUGUACACAGGCGAGAUCCGAGUAAGCACCGCUAACGUACACGAGGUGCUGGAGCUGGCGGACAGGUUUUUGCUGGUGCAAUUAAAGGAUUUUUGUGGGGAGUUUCUGAAGAGAAAACUGAGCCUGGGAAACUGUGUGGCCGUUCAUAGUCUGGCGCACAUGUAUACUCUUGAUCAACUGGCCUUGCGUGCUGCUGACAUGAUACGCCGCAACUUCCAUAAAGUCAUCCAGGAUGAGGAGUUUUACACGCUACCAUUCCACCUGGUCCGAGAUUGGCUGUCUGAUGCAGAGAUUACCGUUGAUUCUGAAGAGGUUCUGUUUGAUGCUGUGGUCAAAUGGGUUCAGAAGAACUCUGAGGAACGUGAAAAAUAUUUUGAGGAGCUCUUUCGUCUCCUCCGGUUGCCACAGAUAAAGCCAACCUAUCUGACAAGAGUUGUGAAGAAUGAGGCUUUGGUGGCACAGAAUGCAGCCUGCCUACAACUUGUGUCAGAAGCUGUGGAGGGUCAUGCGAUCCGCUUUGAGAACCUCAAAUCUGCCGAUACGGAGUUCUGGGCUUCUUACAUGGCCACUUUCCAACCACGGUUUGGCCAGAACAUGGAUGUUAUCAUGGUGGUUGGAGGUGUGUCUGAAGGAGGUGACUACUUGAGUGAGUGCGUUGGGUAUUUUGUGUAUGAAGACCGUUGGGUCAACUUGCCACACAUUCACAACCAUCUAGAUGGUCACGCUAUUGCAGCCACUGAUACACAUGUAUAUGUGGCAGGGUCUAUGGAACCAGGAUUUGCCAAGACAGUUGAACGCUACAAUCCAAAUCGCAACACCUGGGAACAAGUUAGCAACCUCACCACACGCAAGCAUUCCUUUGGUCUCACCUGCAUUAAAAAUAUUCUGUAUAGUAUUGGUGGUCAUGGCAACUUCAGCCCUGGCUUUAAGGAUGUGAGUGUCUAUGAGCCUGAUCAGGACAAGUGGCACAACCUAGAGUCUGCCCCCAAGAUUUUGAGAGAUGUCAAGGCCAUUAGUGUUGAAGAUCGAUAUGUUUAUGUCACAGCACGCACACCCGUAGAUACCGACAGCGAUGACGGGUUGAAAACGGUCACUACUCGCUACGACACUGACAGCCGCCAAUGGCAAGAGGUUGACUCCCUACCACUUAUUGAUAACUACUGCUUGUUCCAAAUGGCUGUAGCGUCCACCAAUUUCUACCACACUGCUUCAUGCUGUCCCAAGAGCUACACCAACGUACGUGAAGAUGUAGCUCGGCAGAAGAUUAGCAUAAGGAUCUCUGACGAUAUUCUUGAGAGCCUUCCUCCGGAAGUUACCAGUAUUGAGGGUGCCGCUAUCUGCUAUCUUGAUGAUGAUGUGUUUGUGAUUGGUGGAUGGAAGAACAGUGACGAUGUGGAUAAGCAGUAUCGCAAAGAGGCGUAUCGUUAUUGCGCUGAGCGCAAGCGCUGGAUGCUUCUGCCACCCAUGCCCCAACCACGCUGUCGCGCCACAGCGUGCCAUGUGCGCAUCCCCUACCGCUUUCUUUAUGGGUGCCAGCGCUACCCAAUGCCACAGAAUCUGGCACGGCAGCGGGACCGCAUGCAGCAAAUGCAGCAGUUACAUCGUCGCACGCUAACUCUACGCAGACAGCUACAAUCGCAGAUUGAAUGCUGAGUCUCUAUAACGCUUCACUGGGGGUGAUCGAAAAAUGCAGCUGAAAUGGGGAGGAUGAAAUGACUAAAGAUGGUAAAGAGAGUAUUUUAAAUGUUACUGUUUGUAUAAUAGAUUUGUAUAAAUGUGUAAAAAGGAUAUGGUUGUACACAUGAAAUGCUGUUUCAUGACCACGCAUGAAUUUGCCUUAAUUUCAGCUGUUGUCAGUUGCUGCAUAUUGUCAAUGUAUCUUAAGUCAUAAUGUUUGGCAUGGUGAUAGUUGUCAUGGCUGCAUUUGUGAGGUUGGUUUUCAGCGUUAUUCCAGAUGUAACAGGUCACCAAAGCAAGGAAUCAUCAGUUCCAAACCACACACAAAAGUUUUUGUGCCAACUUUGAUUUACUGUGACAACCACUGAUUUAUUUCCACUCACACUUAUUCUUCAUUUACUGGUUUUCAUUGUUUCAUGUUCUGCACUGGAAUGCAACGCGUUCAGUCUUAUAGUCUUAUUUAAAGUUUGUAUUUGAAAGCGGCAUUCCUCAUACUUUGAUAACAAGCACUUAAUUUCAGCAUUAUCUCUGAAUUAUUACUCUUUUUGAUUGUUAAUUAAUUUUGUGCUUUUUUUUUUUCUUAACCUCAAAGCACAUCAUAAAAAUAUAUUUGACUUCAGUUAUUGACCCGUGAAGUAUACUCCUAAUAUAAUACACAUGAUCAAUACUAUAGUCAUAUGUUCAUAAUAUAUUCAAGGAACAUUACCUCUGUUACAGGCUUUUUAUUUUGCAUACUGUAACAAAGGCAGAGUGUUGUUUCUGACAUUAUUGUUUGUAGUUAUGCCACUCCAUGACCUCUCAAUUCCGUUUGUGUCUAGCAAUAUUUUCCAUUUACCUCAACUGGUCAUGCCUAGUAGGUGGAUGUUUGUAACUCGAUGCAAAGUGUGUUUUUUUGUGAAAGUAAACUGCAGUUGUACAUUCUCCAUUUUGUUAAGAUCAGAAAAUUGCACAUGCCAAGAAUGCAUUCUUGUUUCAGUCACGACAAGUAGUUGAUCAUUUAUUUUUACCAAACAUAUUUUUCACAACACUUUUCAUUCCUUUCUACAUUCCAGUCAUUUGUAUUUCCUGCUAGCAGUCUUCUCUAAUUUGUCUUUUACAGUCGUACGUUUGCGUGGGAUAAAUGGUGAUUCUAUGUUAGUUUUCUUAAUUACGAGACGCAUUGUGCACUUCAAUGGGUGAAAAUGUGUGAAGCAAUCAGUGACACUCCCUCAAAGACCAGCUUAAUAGUCUUAUGUUUUGAUGGCUUGAAGAACCUUAAACCAUUGUUGUAGACCAUACAAGUCUUAAAGUAUAUCAUCUUAGCUGAACUAGUGUUAUGCUCCAAUGUUAAAAUCUCUACUAAAUGCAAGAAAGAAAUUGCUUUUGACAAUGUAUCUAUUGCUCUUGUCUGACUGGUUUGCAGAGUUUUACAGUUGUAUCAUACUGGAAAAAAAAACUUUGAGAAAAAAUGAGCCUGUUCAAGCACUACUCUGUGUUUUGGACACACUGUAGAAUCAGUCUUAAAUAUUGUACUUGAUGGGAAUUGUACAUUUACUGUGUCUCAUGUUGAGAAUUGGAUUAAAAAUAUUUAAGCUCCUUAUAA